AUGGAGAUGGAGAGCUGUCUGUUCAUCCUCAUGCUCUCAUCCCUGCUCCUGUCCACCACAGCCGGGUAUCAAUGCUCUGGGACUGAGUCUCACCUGCUCAACUGCAGUGCUCCACACACAUUCAGCUGCAGUUCCAGCUCAUAUGUGUCCAUAGUGUGUUCCAAGCACAGGUCCCUGAGGCUGGUGGGUGAUGAGGGUGGCUGUGCAGGGAGGCUGGAGGUGUUCCACCAGGGCUCCUGGGGGACAGUGUGUGGUGACUCCUGGGACCUGAAUGAUGCUCAGGUGGUGUGCAGGCAGCUCCAGUGUGGGACGGCUCUCCGCUCUACCUCUUUUGGUCCAGGAAAUGGAUCUAUAUGGCUGGAUGAGGUUGGCUGUGUGGGGAACGAAUCAUCUCUGUGGGACUGUCCCUCUUCACAGUGGGGGAACCAUGACUGCGUUCACAAGGAGGAUGUAGGAGUUGUGUGUUCAGAGUACAAAGAUCUGAGACUGGCUGAAGGUUGCUCUGGGCAGGUGGAGGUUUACUACAAUGGCACCUGGGGAAACGUGUGUUUCAAUCAAAUGGAGACCAAUACAGCAAGUGUAAUAUGUCAGCAACUCGACUGUGGGAAGAGCAGGACUGUUUCUAAUACAGAAUCUCGACUGAAAGGAGCUCCAAACUGGCUGGAUAUUGUCAAAUGUCGCCCACAUGACUCCACACUGUGGCAGUGUCCAUCCUCUCCCUGGGGACAGAAUAAAUGUGAUGAUGGUGAAGUGGCCCUCAUUACCUGUGAACAAAAAAAUGUGGCUUUGAAAGGAACGGCAACUCAGUCGUCCCAAUAUGACUCUUAUGGUGCUGCUGGCAAUGCUAUUGAUGGAAACAGAAAUACAAAGUAUACAGAUGGGUCCUGCACUCACACCAAGCAGGACUCCAAACCAUGGUGGAGACUGGACCUGCAGGAUGUUUUCACUGUGACCUCAGUGACCAUCACCAACAGAGGGGACUGCUGCUCAGAGAGGAUCAAUGGGGCAGAGAUUCGUGUUGGAAACUCCCUGGAUGACAAUGGCAACCAGAAUCCCCUAUGUGCAGUGGUUCCCUCCAUCGCAGCAGGACAGUCCAGUUCCUUCCAGUGUAAUUGGACAAUGGGACGCUAUGUCAACGUGGUCCUUCCAAAACCCGGCAUCCUGACUCUGUGUGAAGUUGAAGUUAAUGGACAUGAUAGCAGUGGCUACCUGCCCCUGAGACUGCAGGGGGGCAACACGAUGUGCUCAGGGAGGGUGGAGCUGUGGUAUGAGGGCUCCUGGGGGACCAUCUGUGACGACUUAUGGGACAUAAAUGAUGCCCAGGUGGUCUGCAGACAGCUGGGUUGUGGGACAGCACUGAAGGCUCAUGGGAAUGCUGCCUUUGGGAGAGGAAACGGUCCAAUUUGGCUGAAUGAGGUAAAGUGCUGGGGCAGUGAGCUCCACCUGUGGGACUGUCCUCACUCUCUUCAGGACCACAGGACCUCCUGCUCUCACAAAGAGGAUGCUGGUGUUACCUGUGAAGGCAUAUCUUCUGAAUUUACAUCUACUACAGAAAUUCCAGGAACAUCCACAAGUAAAACCUCAGCAAGACCAGGUAUUUUCACUUACUUUUUGUACAUGUUGACAGUGGGCAGAUGA